AUGGACAGCAAAAGUAAUGAGGACCUGAGGCAGCAGAACUCCGAACUGGAAGAGAAACUUCGAGUCCUGGUGGCAGAGAAAGCAGCUUCACAGUUGGGGGCAGGGGAGCUGCAGAAGAAGUUAGAGAUGUCAGAGCUGCUGCUGCAACAGCUCACACUCUUGUGGGGAGCACUGCAGCAGAACAGCAUAGACUCCCAGACCCAGGCCUCUGGCGGUAAUGAGCAGUUGCAACAGGCCAUAGAGGAGCGGUCUCAGCUGGAGAGCCAUGUUGGCCAGAUUCCUUCAGUGGGCCAGCUUCCUUUCUCAGAGAAGCUGCAAUCUCCAGAGCCUCCCCCUGGGCCCUCCAAGGCAGAAGAGUGGCUGCAGGGAGAGGUUGAGCAGCUGCAGAAGGAACUGGAGGGUCUGACAGGUCAGCUGCGGGCCCAGGUGCAGGACAAUGAGAGCCUGAGCCACCUGAACCGGGAGCGGGAGGGGCGGCUGCUGGAGCUGGAGAGCGAGGCCCAGCAGUGGAGCGAGCAGAUCCUGGAGAGCAUGCAGAGUGACCGCACCACCAUCAGCAGAGCGCUGUCACAGAACCGCGAGCUCAAGGAGCAGCUGGCUGAGCUGCAGAACGGCUUCUUCAGGCUGGUGCGGAGCCUGCAGGCCCUCCUUGCUUACAGGGAACACACUCACCCCUUUUGGUCAGCACCGGCAGAGGAUGGGGUGCUGUCCGCCUCACGUUAGGUGGUAGUGGUGAAGGCACCCCACAAUCCCGAGCCCUAGGGUGUGUGGGAAUGUUCCAGCAGCCUUCCCUACUCUGAGAGUGAGUACACAUGCAAUUCUGAGGACUUCAGCCACAUUAGGUCCUACUGACUGUUGUUUUCUGUCCAGACCAAUGAAAACAUGGAAAUUACCAGUGUGUUACAAUCAGAGCAGCAUGUCAAGAAAGAACUGGCCAGGAAGCUGGGAGAGCUUUAGGAGAGGCUGGGAGAGCUGUAGGAGAGGGUAAACCCCUGGAGGUGGAGGCAAGAAGAACUAGAGUCCAACAUUAUUACCCUUAGCUAUAUAGUGGGCUCAGCAUGAACUCCAGGAAACCCUGCCUCAAAAAAAAAAAAAAAAAAAAAAAAAAAAUCACAUACGACAGGCUGGCCAGGUGACUCAGUGGAUGAAAGUGCUUGCUGCACAAACCUGGUGACACGAGUUCAAUCCCCGGAACCUAUGUAAGGUGAGAGAGAACCGAAGCCAUAAAGUGUCCUAUCUGGAAGACCGUUAGAGCAGUAAGUAAGUAGUGUGCAGGAAGGCACUCCUACUCUGCUCACCGAGACACUUCAGAGCUCUCAGGCCCUGCCUGGCCUGGCAUGUUGUCGUCCAGUUCUCUUCAGUGGGCAGUCUGCAGGGUUGAGAGUGUUCCCAGGGCACAGAGCACAAAGACUCCAUCUGGCCCCGGGCAGUGCCCAGACGCUGCCCGCCCCCUGUUUUGCACCAGCCUGAACUCUGCCUAUGUCUGCUGACCCCUGGCAUUCCUGCAGAGACCCCCACGAGGCAGAAACAGUCAGGGCUUUCAGAGUGUCUGCCCGCUGGAGGGAUGAAUAUCUCUGAGAUUAUCUGCCAUGAAUGCAGGGUGGCCCUUCACGUGACUAAGGUUGGCUGGCUCUGCCCUAGCCCUUGACGUUUGGCUCCAGAGCCCUCAUUCCAACGGGGGUUGGGGGGGUAGGACAGAAACCUUAUUCUCUUCUUGAAAGGGAGGCCCCCAUACCCCUAUCUGUACAGAACCCUACCCCCAGCCUCAAUCACCCCUCACCCCCACACAGGGCCUGGAGUUUCCCUGUUUAUGGCUUGGCACCGGAGCAGAUCCAAAGUCAAGCUCCCCGAGCUCUUUGAAGGCGGGCAUUUAUUGGUAGGGAAAGCCACUGUUCCCAGGAUGUCCACCCAGCCUGCUCUGGCUUUUCUGGAUAAAGUCCUGAUGGGUCCUAACAGCUGCCACCGCCUGGAUAAGCCCCUCGUGGGACAGCUGGGCUUUUGGAGACUCUGCCCUGCAGAACCCGGGCAUUUGGCCUGGUCUCUAAUAUCAUUUUCCCCAUCUGUAAAGUGGGGUGAUGAUGUUCCUGAUCUCCCAGGAAUAUUCUAAGAUUAAAAUGGGUUCUUGGAUGUGAAAAGGCUCUGUGUGGGGCCCAUGGAAGACACUUAGAAAUACAAGGCACAGAGAACCCUAACUAAUCUGAAAUGCUAAACCAGGCUGGUGCCCUCUACCUGCCCUCUUAGGACCUCAGAUUAGAGCAGGGCCACUGUGAACAGUGAACAAACAUGAGAUAAGUAGACCACCGUGGUAGCCUUGCUGUCUUAAUUAAAUUUCUACUGCUGUGACGAAAACUGUGACUAUAUUAUUCAGGGUUCUCUAGAGUAACAGAACUAUAGAAUGUAUUUAUCUACUAUAUUACCUAUAUUUAUAAUAUAUAUAAUCUCCCAUAUGGGAGAUUUAUUAACAUGACUUACAAGCUAUGGUCCAACAAUGGCUGUCUAUCAAUGAAAGGUCCAAGAGCCCAGUAGUUGUUCAGUCCACAAGGUUGCAUGUCUCAGCUGGUCUUCAGUGUAUGCCAGAAUACUGAAGAAGUGGGUUCUCAUGCCAGGGAACGCUAGCAAUGAAAUUGGUAGCAAGAGCAAGAAGGCAAAAAGACAGAGAGUCUUCCUUCUUCCAUGGCCUUUAUCUAGGCUGCCAGUGGAAGGCAUGGCCCAGAUAAAAGGUGGAUUUUCCUACCCCAAAGAUCUGGAUUAGAAGUAGGUCUUCCCACUUCAAAUGAUCUAAUUAAAAAAAAAAAAAAAAAAAAAAAAAAA